GAGGAGAGAGAGUGCAUUGCAUCACUACCCACUCCUCGCAACAUUGGUCGCCAUCCACCCACCUCUCCUCUUUCCAGUACCAAAACAGAUGGUGGAAAAAUCAUCACAUCUGCCGGGACGCAGGACAACAAUAGACAGCAUCUAGCCCAAAAGAACCGGGGCGUCCAUCAUGUUUGCUGUCAAGAGCUCUAUGAGGCUGUGAGCGCCGUCGUGAUUUUUGACACGGGGUACCAUCACGGCAGCCGAGGAUUCUUCUCGCGACUGUCUGGGCUCUCCAUCGAGUGGGGAAGAUGGCCGCCAUGAAAAUUUUAACCASCAGUGGGCUGUUCUUAGCGUUCUGUGCGUUGGGGUUGCUAGCCAUGGCAAUCUGCACCGACUUUUGGUAUGAGACAGAUGCRCGRAGACACCGAGAAAGGUGUAAAAACUACGCCAACAAGAGAAACGACCCGGGGUACAUCUAUAUCUCAAAUAGCAAUCUMCCCCUCCAGAUGCCCCCAAAGGGCAUUGAAAGGAAAGGUAACAGUCCAAGUGCCGGAGCWCAGCCUMUUAUUAGGGAAAAACGGCACUUUCUGGCYGCAGCRUCAGCUAUGGAGUCCCACUGCAGUCGCCAGUUCAAUUCAACCAUCUCUGGGCUCUGGAGAAAGUGUCAUCGAGAUGGAUUUGACCUGGAGACAGAGGAUCUCAUAUAUAAAGGAUUGAUUCAGCGGUGCAUCCCAGUCAAGUAUCACUACUCUUCCUCCAUCCUUCCGCGCAAUUUACCCAUCAACAUCACCAAGACCAUCCGUCAGGAUGAGUGGCAUGCACUCCAUCUACGCAGGAUGACGGCUGGCUUUGUGGGCAUGGCCGUGUCCAUCAUCCUGUUUGGCUGGAUUAUCGGAGUGYUGGGCUGCUGUCAGCAGCAUGACCUCAUGCAGUAUGUAGCUGGACUACUCUUUCUCAUGGGAGGAACAUGUUGUAUCAUCUCCCUGUGUACGUGUGUGGCGGGCAUCAACUUUGAGCUGUCGCGUUACCCACGCUACAUGUAUGGCCUCCCAGAGGAUAUUAGCCAUGGCUACGGCUGGUCCAUGUUCUGUGCCUGGGGGGGCUUAGGCCUCACUCUGCUGGCUGGUUUCCUGUGCACCCUGGCCCCAUCCCUAAGCACCCCCUCCCGUACAACCGUCCACAAGCCCAGGCAGGAGAACGGAACCGUGUGAUGGGACUGUGUGACUGGCCCACARAGCGCACAAAUAAGCAACACCYAUCCAACUUCGUCCAACGUUUUUGUCCAACCACCAUCUCACCUCGUCCCCCUUCCCUGUCCAUACCACCUCUGUCAUCCAUCUGAAUCAUGAGUGUACCAGAGAAAUUGUACAUGGGAGAACAGAGCAAAGACAAACCACACCAAACUGUACUAUUUACUGUACAUCUAAGACACAGAGCAAUGGCCCCAGAAUACUUUGGGACAUGGCAAGACCUUUUUGUUGUUAAACGUUYGACUACUAACUCUAUGGCAGCCUAAAGGCRACUGUUUGUCUGUUUUUUUUUCAAGAGGAAUUGUCUUAAAAUGGUGCUCUCUUUUAACACACACAACACAGAACACAGUCCAAAAGCUUAGAARGAAACAACAAGCAACAAACAAGAACAUGUGGCAGAGCAUCCUGUCAUCAUUCCUCUUUUAGUCGGGUGGUCUGUACUGUGUUUGUUAUUGUUCGCAACAAAAAAUGAUGCUGGCAUAAACUGUCCAAUGUUUUGAAUCAGCUGACUGAUGUCAAGCAUUAUCCCUAGGAAGCAUUAUCCCUAGGAAGCAUUAUCCCUAGGAAGGACUUUACAGUUUAAGCCUAAAACCUGCUUCUUGCAGCAGAGGACAAAGAGCACAACAUGGAAAUGGCAGGGGUGGAACAGCAAGAUACAAUUUUGAAGAGCAAAUCUUUCAACGCUUCUAUGAUUCAGUAUGUACAAAUGCAUCUCUACGUAGAUUCAGGUCRUUGUUUGUAUAAAGUAACUUGAAUAAGAAAACAUGUUUCUGUUUGUUUCGAGGUAACAAUGGAAAUUUGGGUCUUCAGUGAUGUUGUUUGCUGGAAUAAAUUGUAUGCUUCAUGAUUAGAAGAAUAAGAGUGAUCGCAAGGCACAUUAAGUACUGUUUGAGAGUAGCAGAGGCAGUUAAAGGUCCAGUGCAGUCAAAAAUGUGAUUUGUGUGUGUUUUAUAUACUGUAUAUUUCCACACUAUGAGGUUGGA